UGGCUGCGAUCGAGUCAAAAGUUUUUAGUUUCUCGUCGCUAAGCGAUUCCUGAACUGGAAUUGCUUUAGUACAACAAAAUUAUUUGUGUAUUUAGAUGGCAAAUAUAAGUAUACAUGUGUUACUACUUACAUGUAGUAAAGUUCAAUCGUGUUUAGCGUAAGGGUUCCAACUGUCUUAUACAUCACUAUCUGAUCGGCUUGGUAAUACACCGACAAGUAUGGAGGAAGAUCAUGGCUACAUCCCCCUGCAUGUUUUGGAAACUGAGGAGGCACCACAACAUCAACUACACCAGGUUGUGGAGAACGGAGGAAUUACCGACCAGAUACUCACGUCUGGAGUCUGUGGCAUGACUACCAGCCUGCUGCCGCAGAACACACGGCUUGUCUUUGUGCAGGCAGGCCAGCAGCUGUACGACGUCGAGGGCGCAAACGGCACCACCGUCCACUUGAUAGCGACGGACGAGGAUGCUGUGGAUGGCGAGGGAUUCCAGCACGCGUCGCUGCAGGGCUCCGACGUCUUCAUCAAGACGCUCUCCGAGAUGGACCACGAAUCAGCGUCCAUUACCGACGGCGACCAGCAGCAGCAGCAGCCGCAGAACUUCUACUACACGGUCGUCGACGGCGACGGCAUACCGGAGGGUGUGCAGCCGAUCUUCAUCGACGAUGCGGACAUGAUGCAGGCGGGGGGAGUCUCCGGCAUUCACCUGCAGAUCCUCGGCUCUAACUCUGCCGACUGCCUGGCUGAGAACACGACGAAGGAGCUUGGAGUGCAGUAUCUUCAUGAAGUGAAGCAGAAACUCAGAACUGAGUCUCAGGAAGCAGAUAACGAAAAGGAAAACGUGGAUAAGGCUGACGUUCUCCCUCCUAGAAAGGGACCGUACAAGUGUGACACGUGUGAGCGACAGUUCCCUAAGUGGAACCAGCUGCAGCGGCAUCGCAAGACGCACGAGAGCGACAAACCGAACGCCUGUCUCAUCUGCGAAGCGUCGUUCAACUACGAGAUCAACCUGAGGCUGCACAUGGCGACGCACGCGACCGACAGCCCGUCGUGUCCCGAGUGUCACCGCCGCUUCAACCGCAUGGCUAGUCUGAAGGCUCACAUCCUGCUGCACGAAAGAGAGGAGACACUCAUGUGCAGCGAGUGCGGGGACGAGUUCCUCUUCGAGAGUCACCUGAAGAAACACAUGCAGGAGCAUCGGGACGAUGAGAUGGACCAGAAGGUGUUCACGUGCGGCAAGUGUGGCGCUGAAUUCAACAAGAUCCAUCUUGUGCGGGAGCAUAGCAAGCUGCAUCACCAAGCCAGCAGGGCGAGGUCGGCAGCGCUGCCGCGCCAGCAGCAUCACAAGUACAGGCAGAGGUACGACCAGUCCGGCUCACAGAAGUGCCAGUACUGCAGCAAGUCGUUUCGCAAGCCCAGCCAGCUGGAGAGACACGUGAGGAUACACACGGGAGAGAAGCCGUACGUGUGUCAGCUGUGCAACAAGGCCUUCAACCAGAAGGGAUCGCUGCAGAUCCACAUCCAGGGUCGGCACAUCAAGGACACGCCCUACAAGUGCAAGCUCUGUCCGCACCGCUUCUGUCAGAAGGGCAACCUGCUCGCGCACAUGCACCGCGUGCACCCGACCGUCACCGAGCCCGGUGUGCACAUGUACAAGUGCACCAUGUGCAGCUGCAUGUUCCGUAAGCUCGGCAGUCUCAACUCGCACACGAGCCGCAUGCACACCGGCGGCGUCGACGGCGCGGCGCCCCCUGGCGGCAGCGAGUCGGACGCGGGCGGCGGCGACGGCGGCGCGCGGAAGGUCUCCGACGUCAUCAAGCAGCUGCUGGAACUCUCCGAGAAGCCGGUUGCCGCGGCGACGGCCGACGCGAGCAACGCCGACCUCCUGCAGCAGGCGCUCGAGAACAGCGGCAUUACCCAUCAGGGGGCGCCGCAGGGCGAGGGCGCCGCCGCCGUUAACCCGGACGAGAGUACGGUGACGGACACGGCGACGGGUCACAUGCGCAAGCUGAAGGUGCGGCAGGUGGACGGCGUGCGCUGGCACGUGUGCGCGUACUGCAGCAAGGAGUUCAAGAAACCGUCGGACCUCGUGCGCCACAUCCGCAUCCACACGCACGAGAAACCGUACAAGUGCACCGCGUGCUACCGCGCGUUCACUGUCAAGUCGACGCUGACGGCGCAUGCGAACACGCACGCCGGAACAAAGAACUUCCGCUGUGUGACGUGUGACAAGCUGUUCGCGACGCAGGGCAGCCUGAAGGUUCACACGCGCCUUCACACGGGAGCGAAACCCUUCCACUGCCCGCACUGCGACAAGAAGUUCCGCACGUCGGCGCACCGCAAGAGUCACAUUGUGUCGCACUUCCGCGAGGCGGACGCUCAGAGGAAGGUGCGGCGAUCCCCGCGCAAGAUGCUGGAGGAGGAAGCUGCGGAGCUUCCCGACAUCCCGCUGCAGGAGCCGAUCCUCAUAACGGACACGGGUCUCAUCCAGCAGCUUCCCCGCAGCAGCCAGGCUCCCUUCAACCAGUACCUGAGCGAGGCGGCGAGCGUCGACCGCCCUUACAAGUGCCAGUACUGCUCGCGCGGGUUCAAGAAGUCGAGCCACAUGAAGCAGCACGUUCGCAGCCACACGGGAGAGAAACCUUAUCGCUGCCUGCAGUGCCAGCGCUCGUUCGUGUCGAGCGGAGUGCUCAAGUCGCACAUCCGCACGCACACGGGCGUGAAGGCGCACAAGUGCCUCGUCUGCGACCACACGUUCUCCACUAACGGCAGCUUGAAGCGACACAUGUCGACGCACAGCGAGAUCCGGCCCUUCAUGUGCCCCUACUGCCAGAAGACAUUCAAGACGUCCGUCAACUGCAAGAAGCACAUCCGCACGCACAAGACGGAGCUCGUGCUGCAGGCUGCGGCUAACGGCGACGCCGUGCUGGGAGCAGACGCCGUCCCCAUCGCCACGGUGAGCGUCAACGUCACCGACAGCCCCGCGGGCGACUACGCGUCCGUCUCGCUCGCAGACGACGUGCUCGCACAGCAGGCGAUGGUGCCAACAGACGCCGCGGACGGACUACACGUGCAGUACAACCUCGCUAACCUGCAGCAGCAGCUAGACGCGGCCGCCGCCGCCGCCGCCGCGCAGGAACCCACGCUCAUCGCCACACAGACAAUCUCGCUCGAUCAGACGACGCUCGGAGAGCAGACGCCGUACCACUACGCGACAUCGAUGGACGGUGGCGCCACCUACCAGGACGUUACGAGGGCGUCGCUCGCGAGCACGAGCAUGCAGAACAUCCUGGAAGUGGAGGCGGCCGAAGUCGCGAUGCAUCACGGCGACGACGACGUUGCCGCGGCAACGCAGCAGCAGCAGCAGCACGCGGAGUUCGACGACGGAGCGGGGAACAAAUACGAGAUCGUUCCUCUCUCCUCGCUCCCGCUCAUGUCCGCCGCCGUGCCGUCGCCGUCGGCAACGGAGGAUGUCGUCGGCGGCGACAAGCGGCAGCCUCUCGCGUGCUCCGUGUGUCAGAAGACGUUCAGUAAGUCGAGUCACCUGAAGGAGCAUUUCCGCAGUCACACGGGGGAGAAACCCUUCAAGUGUCCGCACUGCGACAAGUGGUUUGUGUCGCCGAGCGUGCUGAGAGCGCACAUGCGCAUCCACACGGGCGCGCGCGACUACGCGUGCCCGCAGUGCCGCGCCACCUUCACCACCAACGGCUCGCUGACGCGCCACAUGGCGACUCAUGAAGACCUCAAGCUGUUCAAGUGUCCCGUGUGUGCGGAGCAGUUCCGCACAGUACUGCUGUGCAAGCGACACAUGCGCACGCAUGAGGAGGAUGAGGAGGAGGCGGAGAACAGCCGCCAGAAGCAGCAGCGCAAGUCUGCAGUCAUCCAGCUGUCAUCGUACCAACAGGAGGAGCUGCAGCGGAACGCGGCCGAACUGAUCCAGGAUGAGCAGCUGAGCACGUCUGAGAAGGUUCUGCUGGAGUCGGCUGCGGAGAAGGAUCGCAUCAGCGAGCUACGGGGCGAGGGCGACGGUGGUGAUGGGUCCACGCUUCCACAGUUCAUCAACCAGUGCAAGAACUGUCCGAAAAGCUUCAAGAAGCCGUCGGACCUCGUGAGACACGUGCGCAUCCACACCGGCGAGAAACCGUACGUGUGCUCGCUGUGCGUGAAGACCUUCACCGUCAAGUCGACGUUAGAGAGCCACCUGAAGACGCAUCGCGGCGAGAAGAACUUCAAGUGCCACGUCUGCAACGCGCUGUUUUCGACGAAGGGAAGUCUGAAGGUUCACAUGCGGCUACACACGGGCGCGAAACCGUUCAAAUGCCCGCACUGCGGAGAGCGCUUCCGGACCUCGGGCCACCGCAAAAGCCACAUCUCCUCACACUUCAAGGCGUCGCACGCGAAGAAACAUCGGGCUGCCCCGGCGGCGCCUCCUGCGCUCGCCGAUGCAGAACUGCAGGACGGUGGCGCCCCCCAGGAGCAGCCGAUGGACGGCGGCGGCGGGGAGAUGCUGGGAAACAUCGCGAUCCCGGUGUCGGUGUCGAUCACGGAUGGGUUGGGGAAGACGACGGAGACGGGGGUGUCGGCGCACGUGCUGCAAGGCAUCGACGGCAUCCAGCUGCAGCUUACAGCGAGCGGUGGCCUCGGCGGUUCUGGCCUGCAUAUCAUGGGGCUCGACUCGAGUCUCCUCACGCAGACCGUGCAGAUUGACGCCAGCCUCCUACAGCAGCUGCAGCAGCAGGGCGUAGACAACGUCAACCUCACCAUCAACCCGUCGACGACGAUGCCCGGCGACGACAACCAGGUGGCGCUCGAGUGCGAGCCCGACGCCGCGGGGGGGCUCGACGGGGGGAAGACGGGCGACGCGGGGAUGUACGUGGACGCGUCGUCGCAACUGCCGCCGCAGGCCCUCGACGCCGGCGUCUGUCAGCUCAUGCAGGACGACGACGACCCGCAGUCAAUCACGCUGACCGUGGCGCCCUCGCACGACGACCCCGCGAUGACGGUGACGCCCGAGCGCAUGUUUGCGUGCGUCGUGUGCAGGAAGGCGUUCAAGCGGCUGUGUCACCUGCGGGACCACGAGCAGACGCACGCGCCGCGCUCGCAGCAGCAGCGCGCCGCCCGCGCCACGCCCUACCGCUGCUCCGGCUGCGAGAAGACGUUCGCUAAGCCGAGUCUGCUGGAGCGGCACGCGCGCAUACACACGGGGGAGCGGCCGUUCCACUGCGGCGCCUGCGGCAAGGCCUUCAACCAGAAGAACGCGCUGCAGAUGCACAUGGUGAAGCACACGGGGGAGCGUCCGCACGCGUGCCCGCACUGCGACCGCGCGUUCUCACAGAAGGGAAACCUCAAGGUUCACAUGCGCCGCAGCCACGCCGACGCCGCCGCCGUCGACGACGAUGUUGACUCCCUCACUAAGGUCGCUGCUGCUGCGGCGCUGCAGGCGGCGGAGACUGAGCAGGCGGCCGCUGCCGCCGCCGAGCCGCCCAGUCACAACCUGGACCUGGAAGACGUGGUGCUGUCACCCAUGCACAUGCUGUAGCGCCGCGCGGCGUGACGUGCUAUAGCGCCAUGUAUCGUGCUGUAACGCUGCGUGGCGUGCUGUAACACAGCGUGGCAUGAUACACGUGCUACAAAUGCUCCCACGCGAGGCACUGCCAUGCACCAUUGUACGCACACAUGCACGUGAAUCACUGAUGGCAUCACACAAUAUGAAUCUGCUUUGCUGCCAACGUCGUCAGUGAGGCGUGUCAACCUGUAUGAUCUUGUGAAUAUUAUUAGGUGUCACUCGGCAGAUUUUCCAGCUGAACUGAUGGCACAGACGAUAUGUGCAAGGUUUUGUCUGUACUAAAUAGGUAGUUAGAAUGAUAAUGGUUAUGUGCUGAUGCAAUACAGUCAGCAAUACAAAAUGAUAUGCUGCUAAUCCUAUUUUGCCUGAAUACACCUACUUCUCUUAUCACGGUCACUUUCCUUAUCACCGACCUUCAAUAAUGAACAUCCUCGUACUUGAUACCUUGUUAUCGGUAAUGUUUUGAUAUCUCACUAUCUUGAUAUCCUCAGUUGUUUAUAUCCGGUUUGUAUUCAUUCCUGCAUAUAUAUAUUCUACGUCGCCCCGCUAGUGUGUAGUCUUAUCCCGACACGUCUCAUCUGCGUGGUAAGAACAAUGUAUGCACUAGCACACAAGAUGGUGAAGUACUUUUAGAUCCGCUGCAUGUUAGGGAAUAAACUAAAUAAAUUGCUGUUAAACCGAUAAGAAGCAUUUUAAUUGCGUAGCUGCACACUAGUGAAUCAGUGCAAAGAAAUAAUGUCCAUGUCAACGUACUGUAUUCAUAUCAUAUAUAUAGCAGUCUUUAUAUUCAUGAAUGUGUAGCAAUAUUUCCUUUAAAAUGAGUCGUGCUGUCAUUUCUUUACACCUGCUCUUGAUUACGGAAGGUCGAAAUAAUCUGUACUAUAUAGUAAUAAUUUUUCGAAUAAUUAACUCACGUCAGUUUCCUAGCGAAUCUGUGACAUGUCAACUUGCUGUAAGUUUUGUGCUCCUUCCGAGAUUCCCAUUUCGCAGCACGUGUAUGUAUUAAAGUGUACAUGAAAUACAGAUUGUAAAUGGUACUGGUACGUAGGUGUGUUUUUGCUUAAUUACACUUAACCAGUUCGAUAAGGAUUCUGUAAGUUAUAGAAACUAUUUUUUAUAUAUAUAUUGUUUAUAGUAGGUCAGUGGCAGGCGUGUGUCUACUGAGCGCCCUCUGUAGGCAAAAAUCAAUGUGUUGGUAUACCAGUCAUACAACCGACUGCUCGUUUAGGGUUUUAGAGUAGAAAUUCAGUUGCAGUGUUGUUCAGUUUGUACCGAUUUUACUCGGUUGUUCUACGUGUGCCAGCUACUACUUAGUACUUUUUUGAUAGAGAUCACUCUCAUUGCUAUUUAGAUACAUAAUGACAACAGUGAUGCACCAAAUAGAGACGGAUCCAGUGGCUUGUAUGUACAUGGAGUCCCCAAGUCACGAAUGUGUAAUAGGAAUUAAAAAUUAAUUUGUAGUAGAUCACAGUUCAGUGGAAGGCAGUGCGAAUUGGCUUGUAUAUAUUUAAAUCAGAUUUCCUAACUCUGGGACAACUUGUAUGUCAACUGCGAUUGCAGUGACUAGGCGCGUUGGUGAAGAACUAGUACUGAACUACCGCAUCGUGACGGCCACGUUUUAUUUCGUACGUGGCAGGCACUAUCUAACAGUGCAAACCUAUUGUGUCAACUGGCGUAUUAACAGAGAAAUUAUUAUUAUUAUUAUUGAUAGCUAGAAGCUGUGGUUGAGAUAGCACUCGGAAACGACAUAGAGAAUGCUGCCGGUGUUGGUCUAACGCAACUUCUCGUAAGAACUACGACUUUUGACUAUUAUAAGGCUGUCGUGUCUUCCCCUA